AUGGCUUCUGGCGAUAGCGAUGAACAGCCGAAUGUCACGGCCGCCGACCAGCAAUUGAUCAAUAAAUUUGCCAGACUUCACCAAAAUUUUGCUCAAAUAAGGGAAGAAAUGGCUUCAUUAAUGACAGAUUUGGCAAAUAUCAACGAAGCCGUUGAUGAAAUCAUGCUGCUUGGGGAUGAUGAUGGGCAAGCGAUACCUUAUAAAAUUGGACAAACUUUUGUUCAUUUUGAUUCGGAUUCGAUUAACGAAAGGUUAGAAAAAGACAAGGAGCAGGUUGAAACCGAUGUAGACGAGAUGAAGGAUAAGAGCAAGAACUUGGAAGAGCAAAUGGAAAAGCUGAAGACAAAUCUCUACGAAAAAUUUGGUGAUCACAUCAACCUGGAAACCGAUAAAGAA